AUGAACCUUAUAAAACUCGCUUCCAAAAGUUCCAAGUUGCGAACCUUCAACGUGAAGAGACUGAGUCCACUUGGUUUCAACAGACUCUUCAGUACAGGAAUGUCAAACAGAGAAAUUUUAAAUUAUGAACCUGGUAAAGAUAUCAAUGAGGCUAAAAAGAGUAUUCUCGAGAAGACCAAGGCAUCUUAUAAUGCCAUGAGCACUGGAGAAACUCCUGAGUACACCAAAGAGGGCUUCAAACUUAACAGAAGACAGGCAUAUGACAAUUUUAUUGACAGAAUGUUCGAAAUUUACAGGGAAGAGAACAAAUUCCUCCAAAAUUUAGUUGACUCUACUAAUUACAACCUUGCUUUAAAAGAAAUUCACAGAUAUGACCGAAUGGUUGAUGCUAAGAGGGCUAAAGGACAUACAGCUAAUGCAUUCCAUGACUAUACACUCAAUGAGUUAUUUGAGAGCAGUACUUUUGUAUCCAGCAUUGAAGAGCUUGAGCAUAACCUCCUUCCAGGAAACUUCAUGACACCCCAUUCGAUAUCUGAAAAUUUGGACAAUCUAGCACAGCUCGGAUACAAAAGAACAAGCUUGGUGAGAAAGAUCAGAGAAAAAUUAGUCUGUAUUCUUCAGAAUAAGGAUGAGAAGCCAGAAAAAGAGUUCGAUAUCCUUGACCCAAUCUAUGGAGAUAAGACUGGUAGAAUGGCAAGAUACAAUCUCUACAGUGGAUUCAGAGACUCUAAGGAGUUCUACAGCCAUGUAGAAACUCUUCUCAACUGGAAAACAGAGGAAGAAUCAUUUGCCCAAGCUAGGGAAGAAGUUGAAGCCAUUGAGGGAGAGGACCGGAAAGCAUUCCAAGAAAUCCUCUCUCUUAUGAAGAAUAUUAUUGAAGCUGGUAAAGAAAUCAAAUUUAUUCAAGCCGAAUUUGCAGAGGCUAUUGAAGAAGUUAGAAGCCAGUAUUCUCAACUUGCAUCUGCUUAUGAUCAGACUGACUUCUUGCAACACAAUAAAUACCUUAAAUACGACCUUCUUGAGCUCCAAGAGAAGCUUGUGGAAGCUGGAAUCAUGAACCCAGAUGAAGCUACUGGAAUAUCAGCUUACGAAAAGAUGCCUCUCGAUGAGAAGAUGAGCCGAGCUAAGGAGCUUUUCUAUGAUUUGACUAAGGAUUAUUACCCUGAGAUGAUUCCAAUUACUGACCAUCUGCUUGAUCCAGUCAACAAUACCCCAAUCAGAGAGAAUAUUUCUCUUCUUGAAAAGGAAAGGCAAAACGAAGUUAGUCUCAAGUAUAUUGGUCUCAUAUGUGGAAGACUUGCCGAGAUGCAUCAGAGUAUUCUUAGAGAUGAUGUGCCAAUCAAUGAUUAUUUUACCGAAAAAUGCUAUGGCAAGGAGUUCUUGAGUGACCCACUUGCCAAGAAGAAAGAUCCUCAAGUAGAAGCAAUGAACAAAUACUACACAAUGUUCUGGAAGGAAGUCACAGAGACUUUCAAUCUACUCCUUCCAGAAGUCAGAAGAAUUUUAAGCAGUAACGAGGCUGUUCCACUCAACCACAUGCUGUGCCUCUGCUUCGGUAUUUAUGGUGGGGAAGUUCCUGAUCCAGAAAUCAAUUGAAAAAUUGAAGGAAAGGUUUUGCAGGCAAUAGAAGAGCCAAUAGCAGAAUAUAGCGUAGAUGAUCUUAUUAUUGGAACACAAGGAUUAGCUAAUUCAUUAAUUACCUAUGAAACUCAAGAAAAGGCAUUUGAUGCUAUUAAGGAUCAGAUCAAUCAAAUCGAUAUCCAUGAACUCAACCUUAACAAGAAAUUGAGGCUAGCUUGGGGGCUCACAGUUUUAGAAAGAUUUGAUUCACCAAUCCUUCAAGAAUUAGUCAACGAUUUCAGAACAAUGCCAUUCGAGAAUGUCCAAAAUGAGUUGACUUAUGAUGAAUUCAGAAUGCUCAGAGAUAUCUUCUAUGGAUUAGAACACCUCAACACCAAUGAAAACCUUAAGAUGAACAACUUCGACAUCAAAGUCCUUGUUUCGAAUUCACAAGAUCUUCUCAAGCAAUAUCCUCAAGAGGUAAAGAAGUUAGACCCCUUCAGGAAGAAGAUCUUUGAUGGACUCACGACUUGACUCAGCAAACUAGGAUUGGAAAAACUAGAUGAUGCCAGAAGUAUUCGGUUCCAGACUGAAGGAGAGACUAGUAACGUUAACCAAUACAAGUACCCUUACAAACCAGAUUUGUUGUUCUCCCAUAGAGACAAGACUAUUGCACUGUGGCUCAACAAUAGAGGAAAAUUCACUGAUAAUAGUGGGGAACAGCUCAGAAACUUUUCUGGAAAUAUUUAUACAGGUAGUCAGAGAUACCAUGAGAAGAUUUUAAGAACUCUGAAUCCAGACAGGAACAUCAAGAAUUCUUACGUUUCAAUCGAGGAUAUGAUGGAUUAUGAUUUAGUUCAUCUCAAGGCAGAUGUCAAUACUGACUCCUUAUCUAAGCUGAGCUUCUUGCAACAAGAUCCUGCAAAUAUGCAACUAGAAGAUUUAGCUAAAUUUACUAACUGGUUCAUAGAAGCUGCGCCAAUAAGGAAGAAGAUGCAAAAAUACUCCACAUUCGAAAAUGAUGCAGAUGAAAAGUUUACAGAAGCUUUGUUGGAAUUCUUUGAGCUAAGGCACUCUAAUAUGAGUAGAACGGUAGUUGCUAAUGUUGCUCAUUAUGAUAAUAUUAAAGCAUCGUUAAUGAAGCUGCAACUCUCAUGGGAGAGUCUCAGCAAUGAUACUCGUGAAACUGUCGACCAGUACAUUCAAAAGCUUGAACACUCUGAUUUCGAAGGCCUCCUCCUCAAAAUCAAAGAUGCUCUUACUGACGAAAUGCCCAAACGCAACCCUCAUGUCGACCCACAACUCAACGCCAGCUGGGUCGGGAUCAGGUAUGGUGUUGAAGUGCCGAACAGCUACUUGACAACUGCCAAGAAAGACCUCGGAGUUGAAAUUCUUGACAGGAACUUCAUGUGGUGUGAUGACUACUUCCACUACGAUGACUGGAGGUCCACUCUCACUGACUCGUUCGACGGGUUCAACUUGAACGUGAAGGCUCCUGCUGACCUCAAAGGUGAUGAAAAGUUCUACUUCCAAGACGGAUGGAGAAGAACUCCUGCAGGCAUAUUCCCUGACGGUAAAGGUCUCAGAGACCUGUGAAUGCCUAACUUCGACAGCGAAGUCAAGAAAGGGUUUGUGUCGAAGCUCGACCUGAUCAAGCACCGCAACUUUGAUGGAGACAUGACUGCCGAACACGAAGCCAAGCCACUGAUUGUAGAAGAACUCCUCAGACACAAAAGUCCGGUAACCACUGAAGUGAGGAUGAUAGCGAAUCUUCAGAACAUCAAGAACUCGCUGAAGAAAGAACACUCAGACGCACAGAUUCUGGAAUACAUUUCAGGGUUCGACUUCAUCGAUGGUUUGAUUGGAGAACACUUGGCAUCGUUUGAGAGAGCAGAAGGAGUGAAGACAAGCCCGAGAACAAAGUUUGUCGGAAGGGAUGCUGGGAAAUACAGACAAUUCAUCCACAAGCUUGAUAAUAUCAAGGAUAGAUACGAUCCUUACACUAAUUUCUUCUUAAAACAAGCUGGGCAUCAAGAGACCACAAGGAAUAUCCUCCCUGAGAAGAUCAGAAAAGCUAAAACACAAGAAGAGAAAAACUUUUAUCAAGAAAUUCAGGACAGUUUGAUGCUGACAGAAUUGUUCAAUGAUAGAUCUCAACUUAAUAUUGGUACAUACGUACACAAGAAGUACAAGGCGAACUAUAACUACGAUUCUCUUAUAGUUGACCAGAACAACUAUUCAAGAGAUCCAGAGGCUUACUCUGAAACCAUAUCUGAUGAACUCUUCUUAAAGAAUAAAAGGGCUAGGGCUGAAUCUAACUUGAUUAAGACUAAGAUUCUUUCCAAGCUACAUUCUGAGCUUCCUCUGACAUCCAAUGAGAAAGCAUAUCUUAAGUAUUGGAACGAGUCGAUUGCUUCUACUAAAUGGGGGCAUUUGGAUACCUGAAUGGUUCCAACAAGUCACUCAAAUGCUAACUUAAGCUCUCUUUCAUCCGAUGAUAAUGGUAAAUUCAACAGCUUGAAACUAGUCGAUAUAUCUGGGUUGGAAAACUAUGCUCUGAACGAUAUUGCUCUUGAGCUAGACCACUUCAUUGACGAUGAAAUUAUCAACAAUCUUCAAAAGGAAAUCAAGGUAGAGAACCUUAAGGAUCUAUGGGACUUGUCUCCUGACUACAGGUUCACAGAAAGAAGAAACAAAGAAAUCGACCUCGUCCUAGGAGAACUCGAGGAGAAAGCUUACAGAUAUGGAGGCCAAUUCACCGACCAAGAAAUAGAAGGCAUGAAGAGAAUGUACAAGAUCAAUAGAGGUGAAGGCAUCUUCGACCAACAAUGGCUCCCACUUGAUGUGAAGGAAUUCGAAGAUUUCGAGUUCAACAAAUUUGAUGACAGACUCGACAUACUAGAAAGAUGGUUCGAGAAAAAGGAGAGGGAAAUCAAGACCAGAAUUUACCUUCCCAAAGAAGACCUCAACACAAAUGCAUUCUAUGCUUCCAAAUUGAAGGAAAAGACUGUGGAACUUAUGAUGGGAAUGUUUGGAAAAUCUUAUGGAGAUAUUUCAACCCAAGAUUUGAACCAAUUCAUUGAAGGAAUCUGCUCCAGAAUGAUGCUAUUCGAUGGUGAUUAUCCAAAUUUCCUACCAUACAUUAUAAAGGAAGUCGUAAAUCAUCCAAAUAUCUCUAAAAUUGACAAAGAACAUCUGGAGUCUUACAGCGAUAUGUUUGACAUAAGGUGGAGAGAUGAUAUCUCAAAGCCACUGAUGAUCUCACCUAUUUACACUGAAGACAGUAGGAAGGUUGAAAACGACUUAGAUUCAGCAAGUGUGUCUGAGAAGAUGAGGAAAGCGAAUAUUCCAUAUAUAGAAACCCUCAAGAGAAGCGUGAUGGAACAUAGAUAAUUCCUUUCAAUAAUCACACCCUAA